ACUAUGCCGUUCACGCACCUCAGAGUGCCACAUCCACUGGCAGAGGAACAUCUGUGCUGGGAGCCCAUAUCAGUGACCGUCCAGCUCUAAAACCCAUCUCAAGAUGCCAAACUUGCUUUUGGUUUUCUAUUUACUUCUAGGACUGAAUAACUUUAUCAGCGCGCAAAACUCCGCGCCCUGGAGGAACCGGAUCAAGUGGGUGAAUAACGGCCAGGUGUUCAGUUUAAUGAGCACCGGCUCGGAGUAUCACGCACCGGUGGCGUCCAGAAGACAGUCCAGGGUGUUUCUAAGCAGCAAUAGAGAUGCUGUCCGGGACAGGACCAUGCAAAUUCGAGUGGAAGCGUCUGAUUCUGCGGCCACUAAUAGCGGCAGCACCACGCUUUUGGGUCCGGACCGCAUGCAAUACAUCGCGGCCAACAGCCGCGCGCCUGGCGCCAGACAAAUGCAGGUGCGUCAGCGGCUCAGAGCACCUCCAGGAACCAGAUCCAACGCCAGCGCUCCGUCCGAAUACUCCGGCGGCAGAAGAACCUCGGCACAAGGGGAAAAUACCGCUCGGAGGGCGCCAGCGGUUGCCAAUUUCCAACACCUGGAAGCGCCUACGGAGAAUUCAAACACUUUAACUAAUGGAAACUAUAAUGAAGCGGGGCUCUCCAGAGCGCAAACGCCAAAUGUGGAGCAGGGAACCACGUCUGAAAGUAUGGCGGGAGAAGAUCCGCGAAACAGGAAUACGGUUUUCUAUAACAUCUAUCCGCCCGACGGUAGGACGGUCAUCCCGCGCCGCGCGCCGCCUGGCACCGGUUACGGCACCAGAUACUUCCAAAACGGUCUUCCUGAUCUUGUGCCAGAUCCAUAUUCCAUCCAGGCAGGCUCAUACAUCCAGCGCGUCCAGAUGUACGCGCUCCGGUGCGCGGCGGAGGAGAACUGCCUGGCGCGCUCUGCAUACAGACCCACAGUCAGAGACAUCGACUACAGGGUUCUGCUGCGCUUCCCACAGAAGGUCAGAAACAUGGGAACAAAUGACUUUCUGCCCGUCAAACCCAGACAUCAGUGGGAGUGGCACAGCUGUCAUCAGCACUAUCACAGCAUGGAUGCGUUCAGUCACUAUGAUCUGCUGGACAUCAACACUGGACUGAAGGUCGCUGAGGGUCACAAGGCCAGUUUCUGUCUGGAAGAUACGGGCUGUGAUCCUGGAUUUCACUGCCGAUACGCCUGCACUGCACACACACAGGGUUUGAGUCCAGGCUGCCACGACACAUACGCUGCCAACAUCGACUGCCAGUGGAUCGACAUCACAGACGUCCCUCCUGGAAACUACGUUCUCAAGGUUACAGUCAAUCCAGACUUCCUGGUGCCCGAAUCGGACUUCUCCAACAACGUUGUGCGAUGUGAGGUCAUUUACACCGGCGUUUACAUCCAAACAAGAACCUGCAUCUUAACUGGGUGA